AUGCUCUCAUCACAACUCAUCGCCCUCGCCCUCGCGGCAGUCACCUCGGCCCACACCGUCAUCUCCUACCCGGGCUGGCGCGGCGACAACCUCGUCACCAACGCGAGCUUUCCCUACGGCAUGCAAUGGAUGUACCCUUGCGGCGGUAUCCCCCUCACCCAUAACCGAACCUACUGGCCCGUUACUGGCGGCGCCAUCGCUCUGCAGCCGGGCUGGUUCCAGGGCCACGCCACGGCCCAGCUCUUCAUCAACCUCGGCAUCGGCGACGAGGCCCCCGACGGCGGUCCCCUCAACAUGUCUCUCCCCAUGGUCCCGCAGUUCGGCAUCCUGGGCCCGUCAAAGAACCCCUACCCCGGCACCAUUUGUCUGCCUCAGGUGCCCAUGCCCGCCAAUCUCAGCCUGAGCGUCGGGCAGAACGUGACCAUCCAGGUGGUCGAGCUCGCCGUCCACGGCGCUGCUCUCUUCUCGUGCGUUGACGUAACCCUCGUCGAACCCAACGACCCACGCCUCAACGAGGUCAACGAGACCAACUGCUUCAACAGCACCGACAUUGGCUUCUCCGACGUCUACACUAUUACCACGCGCGCUUCCGGACAAGCCCAGGCCCAGGGCAACGGCACCGUCACCUCGGCCGCCGUACGGACGCUGAGCCAAGUCGCCGGCUGGAUGCCUGUCGUAGUCGGUGGGCUGUGGGCCCUGCUAUGA